AUGAACCGUAUUUUCAACAUCUUCGAGCGUUGUGAAGCAUCACGCAGUAUGACCUCUGGUGUGAUCGGAUGCGUAGUGCCUCGAGGGUCCGUUGCCGACAUCCGUGUGCUUUCCCCGCCACGACCACCUAUUUCGGCUGCGCCGAUGACGGCGUUGAGCAAGGAAUUGAAGUGCAUCUAG